CUAAUUUCAUUCUCUGUUUCCUUCUCGAUCCAUCCUCCUUCCUUUCCACCGUGUCGCCGUCACUCCGAACUCCCGUCGAUUUUUCUCUCACCAUCACUCGUCGCCGGCGGAGCUGCCUUCAUUGCCGGAAUCUCGCCGGACGCUAGAUCUUUCUCCGAGGAGGAGGAGCGGGAAGAAGGAGGAGAAGAUGAUCUUCAAGAUCGAGGACGUAACGGUGUAUUUCCCGUAUGAUAACAUAUACCCAGAACAAUACGAGUACAUGGUGGAGCUCAAGCGUGCCCUUGACGCCAAGGGCCAUUGCCUUCUCGAAAUGCCCACAGGAACCGGCAAAACCAUUGCCCUUCUCUCACUCAUCACUAGCUAUCGUCUCUCUCGUCCCGAUUCUCCUAUCAAGCUCGUCUACUGCACUCGUACAGUUCACGAGAUGGAGAAAACCCUAGCUGAGCUUAAGCUUCUUCAUGACUACCAGCUUCGUCAUCUGGGUCUCCAGGCCAAGAUCCUUGCGAUUGGGCUUUCCUCUCGGAAGAAUCUGUGUGUCAAUCCUAGGGUUUUGGCGGCGGAAAAUCGAGAUUCGGUUGACGCGUCGUGUCGGAAGCGGACAGCGAGUUGGGUUAGGGCUCUGGCGGCAGAAAACCCAAAUGUGGAGCUCUGUGAGUACUUUGAGAACUACGAGAAAGCGGCUGAGAAUGCUCUGUUGCCUCCCGGUGUUUAUACUUUAGAGGAUUUAAGGUCGUUUGGUAAGGAGAAAGGGUGGUGCCCUUACUUCUUCGCGAGGCAUAUGGUGCAGUUUGCCAAUGUUAUUGUGUAUAGCUACCAGUACUUGCUUGAUCCCAAGGUUGCUGGAAUCAUAUCAAAGGAGUUGCAGAAAGAGUCUGUUGUGGUGUUUGAUGAGGCGCAUAAUAUCGAUAAUGUGUGUAUUGAAGCGCUCAGUGUCAGUGUGAGGAGGGUUACCCUUGAAGGAGCUACUCGGAACCUUAAUAAAAUGAGGCAAGAAAUUGAUAGGUUCAAGGCAACAGAUGCUGGAAGAUUGCGUGCUGAAUACAAUCGGCUUGUUGAGGGUUUAGCACUGAGAGGAGACUUAGCUCAAACGGAUCAAUGGCUUGCAAAUCCUGCUCUGCCAGAUGAUAUUCUAAAGGAAGCUGUUCCUGGAAAUAUUCGACGGGCUGAGCAUUUUGUGCAUGUUUUACGCCGAUUAGUUCAGUACUUGAGAGGACGGCUGGAAACCGAAAAUGUAGAGAAAGAAAGCCCAGUUAGUUUUGUUAACUCGCUGAAUACUCAAGCAGGGAUUGAUCAGAAAGCGCUGAAGUUCUGUUAUGACCGGCUCCAUUCUCUGAUGUUGACCCUUGAAAUUACAGAUACAGAUGAAUUUUUACCUAUCCAGGCAGUGUGUGACUUUGCAACUCUCGUGGGGACAUAUGCACGUGGUUUUUCGAUCAUAAUUGAGCCCUUUGACGAGAGAAUGCCUCAUAUUCCUGAUCCCAUAUUGCAACUGAGCUGCCACGAUGCAUCUCUGGCAGUAAAGCCAGUAUUUGACCGUUUCCAAUCAGUAGUGAUUACUUCUGGCACUCUGAGCCCAAUUGAUCUCUAUCCCCGCCUUCUUAAUUUCCAUCCUGUUGUUAGUCGAAGCUUCAAAAUGUCAAUGACAAGAGAUUGCAUAUGCCCCAUGGUUCUUACUCGAGGAAGUGAUCAGCUUCCCGUUAGCACCAAGUUUGAUAUGAGAAGUGAUCCUGGUGUCGUAAGGAAUUACGGAAAGCUUUUGGUAGAGAUGGUUUCUAUUGUUCCUGAUGGAGUUGUGUGCUUCUUUGUCAGUUAUUCAUACAUGGAUGGCAUUAUUGCUACUUGGAACGAAACUGGAAUUCUGAAGGAAAUAAUGCAACACAAGCUUGUCUUCAUUGAAACACAAGAUGUUGUAGAAACAACAUUGGCACUUGACAAUUAUCGUAAGGCCUGUGAUUGUGGAAGAGGUGCAGUUUUCUUCUCUGUUGCCAGGGGAAAGGUGGCUGAAGGUAUCGAUUUUGAUAGGCAUUAUGGCAGACUGGUGAUUAUGUUUGGUGUUCCUUUUCAAUAUACAUUAAGCAAAAUAUUACUUGCUCGGUUGGAGUACCUGCGUGACACGUUUCAGAUAAAGGAAGGCGAUUUCCUUACAUUUGAUGCCUUGAGGCAAGCGGCUCAAUGUGUUGGGCGAGUUAUUCGGUCCAAGGCUGAUUACGGAAUGAUGAUAUUUGCUGACAAGAGAUAUAGCCGUCAUGAUAAACGCUCCAAAUUACCCGGUUGGAUCCUCUCGCACCUGCGUGAAGCUCACCUGAACCUGAGUACCGACAUGGCUAUCCACAUUGCCAGAGAGUUCUUGCGGAAAAUGGCUCAACCGUACGACAAGGCGGGUGGUAAUACGGGGAGGAAAACCCUUCUCUCGCAAGAAGAUUUGGAGAAGAUUGCUGAGUCUGGUGUUCAAGACAUGGGCUAUUAGAAAGAAGAAGAAAAAAACCCUAAAAAGGAAGAAGAAGA